GCCGCUUUGCUAAGGAAUAUUCCAUCUCCGUGUUAUAUACCCCCGGCUAUGGCGAUGAGUUCUCUCAUGCCCCAGGCUGUCGCUUCAUUCCUCUCACUCCUGGGCGAUGAUCGAUGCGGGUAAUCCAUAAAAAUGUAGAUGUAGGGCGCUUGGUAUCCUCGAUCGAUGCUGGGGUGUCGAGCAUCGGAUCCACAGGCGGCCCUGCGUCUUAAAAUUUCUUCCUGCCGCGCAUUUCCAAGAUCCAUCUCCCAAUCUCUCUUAGGUAGUGGCGGAUCAAUCCACGAUCUCUCAUCACAAGUGAUCACACAUAUGGGGGCUUUGCGGCGAUAUUUAGGACGAUCCAGCCAUAAUUGUUUCCCUGUCGCUAUCGGCAAGGAAGAAUCGAGGCUCCAUUCGUGAGAUAGAUAGCCCGUGGGUGGAGGCAAUCUUUCUUUCUAGGCGGUGGAAGGAAUGCUUCGCCACUAACAGGCAUGGAGGGCCACAAGGAGGUACACGCUUCUAGGUGCGCCUUCUCGGGGCCGGUUUGCUCGUAUCGCGCGAGGUCGUGGUGCGAUCGCUGGCUUUCGUGCUCUUCGGAUCAAAGGGUCUUUUUUGGAACAGUGGCCGAGGCGUCGGAUUUUUUCUUGCUUCCUCAGGGUGAUGGGCGAUACAAGCUCCAGUUUUCAUCGUCGUGGUUUUUGUGCUGCCGCGAUAGCGCUGUUGGGUGUGCGCGGAGAGACCCGGAAUGCUGCUCCGAGGACGUGCUCUUCGCGCUAGAGAUGGACGAAAGUGGAAGAGCUAGCUUUCGUGGAGGAUCUCAAGCUGGAUAUCUCACGAGUGAUUGGCAUGGUCGUUUGUAUGGAGGAACGGCCAAGGCAAGGAAAUGGGAGAUGUUUAUGCUCGUAGAAAGAGCUAUGGAGGACGUUCCAAAGAUUGCUCCGUGGAUUGUCCGGGCUCCAGUGAGAGUAACGUUGCAGGCGAGCACCAAAAAAUAUUUAUGUGCUGCGAGACACGUUGUCAGCGCCCGUGCGGAGGCUCCUUGUUGCUGUGAGGAAUUCCUGAUCGAUUUAAUCUUUUCGUCGUUUCCAGCUGCGAAGAGCGAGACUGCCAAGCCUUCACAGAAAUCCAGAGGUUUGUGGCAAGCUUUGCUUGGGCGAGGUGAGGAAGAGGAGGAGGCGGAGGUUGUCAGUGAGCCGGCAAGGCAUUGCACCAUUCGUACCAACGACGGGACGUGCUUGCUGAGCGCUGAGCCGGAUGGGAAUGUUUUUACCACUCGACUCAAUCAUGCACAAGGGCGAGAAACGUUUUCUAUCCAGCUUCACUCGGAUAGCAAGAUAAGUAUCGAACAGGCAACGUCGGAGUCGGAUUCACAGGGAUAUCUCAGUGUGGAGUUUGGCCAGUUGAUAUACAAAAGGGUUCUCAGGAGAGGCAACGAUUUGUUCAAUAUCCAGCUUGCAAGCGGCUCACGUAUCCUUCUCCGAAGCGUUCACGGCGGUUUUUUAAGCACAGACACCGGCAAAUGCAGGAUAGUUUCUAGCGAGAAAAAGGAUUUCUUGCAGGGAAUUGGCGCCUGGCAUCUGAGAGCUCACGGUGAUUCCCUGUACACGCUGACAUCUCUGUCCACUGUAUCAAAGCGUCGAGCCGAUGUAUACAUGUUUGUCGACGCUUCCGGUCGUGUCAAUCAGUCCAGUGAUCCAGCGGUACACUUUCCCUGCUCUGCUUCUCUGUUUGAGAUCAAACCGGUGUCUAACGCGACCAUACUUCCCGGAACCAUUUGUAGAAACGCAAGCAUAAUUGGCUUCACGAUACGGACUGCUCGGAAGAUCCACGGGAAACACCGCUACUUAAGUGCGGAGCCAAAUGGUGUGUUAAGAGCUGUGAGGCUGGCUCCGUCUCGCUGGGAGCUUUUCCAGCUUAUAGACGUGGAUGCAGCUGCGGCAGCAGCAGCUCCGGAAAGUUUCAGCUGUACGCCUGCUGCCGUGAAUCGAGAGCCUCCUCCAACAUGUGGACCCGUUUUCUCAACGUCGGCUAGCCGCGCAACUAAAACUGGUUUCAGCAGGAUUGUUUUGCGUGAUGUAUCGGCUUGUGACGCAGCAGCCAUGGCGCUGCUCGAUGGUCACGCGGUUCCCAAAAAGUCCGCUGCUUCACUGCAAGAUUUGUGCAUCUCUCAAGUCUGCGUUCAUGCUUCGGCAGAGCUUUCCAGUGAAGAGACCACUCCAGAGUGCCGCAGCAAGACAUAUUCCGACGAAGAAUUUACGGAGCUGGUAUCGGCUCUCUGUUCGCUAUCUCGGAGGCAUGACUUGCUCCCAGCAGGCAUUCCUUCGGACUUGACGGACGAGAACACAUUCAGCAUUCCGGAUGAUCUUCUUGCAAGAAUCUGGGAAACUUGCCGGCUGAGACAGGUGCCUCAGAAUUCUUGCAAGUGGAUGCAAAGUGCAUUUCUCCCGCAAACGCAAGCUCAAGGGCCUCGUGCACGGAACAGAGCUGUGUCGCGUUCAUCUAGCACGGAAGCCGGCUGGCACUGCACCUCUUGCAAACAGAGCAACGUUCUUCCGAUGGAUGCUGCAGUGAAUCCUGCGCACCAUAAGUAUCUAGAGGUGCAAUCGCGUGUGUAUAGCCGUGCCAUUCAAUCGACAGGGAUCCUUUGGAAUAUCAUCUCGCUUGCUGGAGUGAGCAUAAUGUCCACAGCGCUGUUCUGUCAGCUCAAAGCCGCUGCUACUCGACGAAGUCUCUCGUUUUAGGCCGAAACAAAAGGAAAACGUCGCCAAGCGAGCGUUUCACGAAGAAGAAGAAGAAACGAAGAAACUGGUUUGUAUAUAAUAGGCGGGGAAAUUUAUUUCAGGCGAUCGUUAUCAUGCUUGAUCUACUUGAUUUGAGAGAAGGGUCUAUAUCAAACAAGGCAAAAAAAUCUGGAAAAACCAUACAAAGUUUUGACAUUGUGAAAGAUUUGCCGAUAAAAACUAGUAAGCCUCUCCCAGGUUACGUAAA